AUGACUGCUGAGUCCGCACGAGAGAAUGUGGCCCCCGCGAUGAACGCAACAGGAUACUUCAUCAUUGAGGAUAUCGAGGGGAGCGAGGAUAAAAUGAUGUCCUUCAGCGAGAAGGCACAGCGAACAUGUCCCCACGGCGUUCCGCUGGAUUCGCCAGAGCGUUGUAUGGCAUGCGAAGAAAUAUCAUUCCUUCGUAGAUGUGAGAAAAUCAUCACGGAAGCCGGUGGCUCGAUUGACACCAUAUCCUUUGCCGACAAGUGGAACGAGGAGUUCAAUGCUACUGGGUCUGCAGACGCAAUGACUUCUGAAGCAGCUGCAACGAAGGUGUCCAAAAUUCUCGCAUCGAGUGGAUUGUUCUUGGUGAUAGAUACAGAAGAUCCUGGAAUCAAGACAUUCACAAUUAGACCUCAACCUGAGGAGUGUCCUCACGGUGUCAGUUUUGCUUCUCAAGAUGCAUGCGACUUCUGCUCUCAACUUCAAUUUGUGCAGGCUUGUGCUUAUGUUUUGCAAAAGUCCGACGGACAGCUGACUGCAAAGGAAUUCUGCAAUAAGUGGCGCCAAACUUUUCCAAAUCAACCAGAGAUACCAGAAGAUCAGGCCAAGACAACCAUCGCCCAAGUGCUCAACGCUACAGGAGUGUUCAAGACAACUGAAACGGAGGAGAAUGACAUCCUGUUUGAAUUCACUGAGAAUACCCAGGAGGCCUUUCAAGAUUAUCAGCGUGCUCUGAUUCAAGAGGCGAUGUAUGCACAUGCAGAGAAAGAAAAGGAAGAGAAGAAAGAGGAAAUCCAACAACAAUUGGCUGGAGAUGACAUCGCUUACGAAAUCCCCAAGUCUGAUUCUGAAAAGUCAAAGAAAGUUGGUUUGGGUGCACUAUUGGACUAA